AUUAAUUUUUUUUUGGAGAUUCUGAAGGGAAAGUCUUUAGGCUGUAGUAGUUGUAUGUUGAAGAAGAAGAAAAUAGAGGCAAAUCAUGGAAGGAGGAGGACAGAGAAGGCCUUUGCUUGAUGGGUCAAAGCCCACUGAGGAUAAAAGCUCAUCAGCAACUCCUGGCGUUGUUUUCAGCACUUUGGUCGCUCUCUGUGGCGCUCUCUGCGCUGGUUGCAUUGUGGGAUAUUCUUCACCUGCUCAAUCUGGAAUCAUGGAAGAUCUGGACCUCUCUGUUGCAGAUUUCUCAGUUUUUGGUUCGAUGGUGACAAUGGGAGGAAUGAUAGGUGGAGUACUGAAUGGGAAGCUGGCUGAUCUUACAGGUCGUAGAGCUACAAUGUGGUUAUCUGAAGCACUGAGCACUACAGGUUGGCUGGCUAUAGCAUUUGGAAAGAGUGUUAGGUGGCUGGACUUUGGAAGACUGUUACUUGGAUUUGCAAAUGGUCUUCUUUGCUACGCGGUACCAGUAUAUAUUGCUGAAAUAUCUCCCAAGAGUAUUAGAGGAAGAUUUACUUCUGCAUAUCAGUUGUUGCUGUGCUGUGGGAUUUCAUUAAUGUACUUCAUUGGAAAUACUGUUAACUGGCGCACCUUGGCUCUAAUUGGUGCCAUUCCAUCCAUGUUACAUAUUUUAGGAUUGUUCUUCAUUCCUGAGUCUCCUAGAUAUCUGGCAAAAAUUGGUAAACACAAAGAGCUUGAAACUGCUCUGCAGAGUCUGAGGGGGAAAAAUGUUGAUGUCUCUGAGGAAGCAGCUGAAAUUAUAGAUUAUACAGAAACCUUUCAGGAGAACUCAGAAAGAAUUCUAGACUUGUUCCAAUGGCGAUAUGCUCAUGCACUCAUUGCCGGAGUUGGGUUAAUGGCACUGACACAAUUUGGGGGGAACACAGCGAUUCUUUUCUACUCUAGCUCUAUUUUCAGAGAUGCAGGUUUUUCAAGCAGGGUGGGCACUGUAUCAGUGGCUAUUAUCCAAAUACCUGUUGUUGCAUUGAGUGUACUGCUGACAGAUAAAUUGGGAAGAAGACCACUUCUAAUGAUUUCAGCAGCAGGAACGUGCUUUAACAGCCUUCUUCUUGGCUUGUCAUUCUUAUUUCUGGGAUUCCAACAGUUGCAGCAUCUCACUCCUACAUUGGUGUAUAUUGCUAUAAUGGGUUAUACUGUAUCAUUUGUAAUGGGCUUGGCAGGAUUACCUUGGGUUAUAAUGUCAGAGAUAUUUCCUAUAAAUGUCAAGGGUUCAGCUGGAAGCCUUGUGACUUUGGCAUGUUGGUCAUGUUCUUGGAUAGUUACAUACACAUUCAAUUUCAUGAUGGAGUGGAGCUCCUCAGGAAUAUUUUUCAUCUUCGCGGCCGUUGGCGGCUUAACUGUAAUUUUCAUUGCAAAGCUAGUGCCAGAGACUAAAGGGAGAACUUUAGAAGAGAUACAAGCUUCAAUUGCACAUUUUUCUUAGUUGUUGAGAGACAUAGGAAGUUGCUUCUGAUUGAUAAGCAAAACCAUACAAAAAAAAUGGAAAAGUACUAGUACAAAAAACGGUUGUUUUCAUGUUCAAAUGGACAAGUCAAAGUACUUUAUUCUUUUUUUUUUUUUGUAAUUAAUGUAUAUUUUGUACUGGUGUCAGUAUACAUGGGACCCUAAAGUCACCAAUUCAAUCUUAAUAAUAAUGUUUUUUUUGUACGGAAUAUUAA